CCAGCACGAGCCCCUGGGACUCUCACCUCUCACCGGGGAAGGGGCUUCUGGGUCCUUCUAGAAGCCCCAGCCCACUGCCCCAGGGCCGUUCUGCAGCUGCGGGAGAGAGAGGUGCAGAAUGAAUGUCCCUCCGCUUCCGGGAGGAGGCAAGGGAAGAGAGGUUGGAAACUAACUCUGCCAGAGACUGCCGUGUGUGGGAUUUUUCUUUUCUUCUGCUUCAUCUCCACCACAAACCUGGCUCUUCCCUGGCCAUCGGGACACGGGCUCCCCUUGCCAGGUAGAGAGAGAGCGGGAAAAGGGCUCCCAGAGACAGGAAGGACGUCUCCAGCAAUGUCCAUGCCGUUCAGGGCCAGGGGCCUGCCUCCUGGACACCGCCACCGGGGCUCCUGCAGCCCCCUGGGCCAGCCGCUGCCCAGCUCCAUGCAGCCGCGCUCCCUUAAGGGGCUUUACUACCGCAGGGCCCGCAAGGUGGGCGCGCUGGACGCCUCCCCCGCGGCGGACCUGGAGAAGGAGAUCCUGGUCAACGUCGGGGGCCGGCGGUACGUGCUCCCCUGGAGCACGCUGGACGAGUUUCCGCUGAGCCGCCUGAGCAAACUCAAGUUCUGCCGGAGCCACGAGGAGAUCGCGCAGCUCUGCGACGACUACGACGAAGCCACCCGGGAGUUCUUCUUCGACCGCAGCCCCAGCGCUUUCGGCAUGAUCGUGAGCUUCCUGGCGGCCGGCAGGCUGGCCCUGCUGCGGGAGACGUGCGUGCUGUCCUUCCGGGAGGAGCUGGCCUACUGGGGGAUCGAGGAGGCCCACCUGCGGCCGUGCUGCCUCCUGGAGCUGCUCCGGAAGCUGGAGCAGCUGCGCGAGCUCCGCCAGCAGGAGGCGCUGCACCUGCGGCGCGAGGCGCGGCGCCCCCCCGGGGACCCGUCGCGCUGGGGGGUCUUCAUGAACUGGCUGCGGGAGACGGUGGAAAACCCGCGCUCGGGGCUCCCCGGCAAGGUCUUCGCCUGUCUGUCCAUCCUCUUCGUGGCCACCACGGCGGUCAGCCUGUGCGUCAGCACCAUGCCCGACGUGAGGGCCGAGGAGGACAAGGGUGAGUGUUCUCAGAAAUGCUACUACAUUUUCGUCGUGGAGACCGUGUGCGUGGCCUGGUUUUCCCUGGAGUUCUGCCUGCGGUUCGUCCAGGCCCGGGACAAGUGCCAGUUCUUCCAAGGGCCCCUGAACAUCCUCGACAUCCUGGCCGUCUCCCCGUACUACGUGUCGCUGGCCGUGUCCGGCGAGCCCCAGGAGGACGGCAGCUGGCCCGGCGGGGGCUCGUACCUGGAGAAGGUGGGGUUGGCGCUCCGCGUGCUGCGGGCGCUGCGCAUCCUGUACGUGAUGCGCCUGGCGCGCCACUCGCUGGGGCUGCAGACGCUGGGCCUCACCGUGCGCCGCUGCACCCGCGAGUUCGGCCUCCUCCUCCUCUUCCUCUGCGUGGCCGUCACGCUCUUCUCCCCCCUGGUCUACGUGGCGGAGAACGAGUCCGGGAGGGUGCUGGAGUUCACCAGCAUCCCCGCCUCCUACUGGUGGGCCAUCAUCUCCAUGACGACCGUGGGCUACGGGGACAUGGUCCCGCGCAGCGUGCCGGGUCAGAUGGUGGCUCUGAGCAGCAUCCUGAGCGGGAUCCUCAUCAUGGCCUUCCCCGCCACGUCCAUCUUCCACACUUUCUCGCACUCCUACCUGGAGCUCAAGAGGGAGCAGGAGGAGGUCCAGGCGCGCAUCCGCCGCCUGCAAAACGCCGCCACGGCCAGCGAGCGCGAACUUCUGAGUGACGUCGACGACCUGGGCCCGGAGGGCCCCGCCUCGCCCGCUAAAUACCUGUAACUCCAGGCCCUCCAGGGAAAGGGCGGCCCCGCGACCCAUCGCCCUCCGCUGACCGGGCUAGAGAUCACCACGGUGGAGACCAUCUGGUGGGACGUUUCUAGGGCGCCAGGAGCGCUCCCACAGCUGGGAGGGGCGCAAGGCCACCGGGCUUGGCCUGUCGUGACUCGGGACCCCUCUGGCCACCGCGACUCCAGCCGACCUUAUGGACGCUCCUUGCUUUCUCCUCUCUCCCCGCCCCUCGCCGAGCACAUCCGCUCUUUGUUAGGUCAGUCAGUCUUCCCCCAGUCUCCUUCCUUCCCUGUAGUGCUCCACGCCCCAGGCUGCGUUCCAGAUGCCCACAGAACCGAGCCUGCAGGACUCCGUUCCUCCCCUAAGACCCGCUUUGCAGGGGCCUCCCUAUCACCAGGGACCGGAGGGUCCGGUCACUGCGAACCCUUCUGAUCAGAUCCCCCCACCAGGGCGCAUCCUAUCGUGGGCUCCCGCAGGGCUCAGUACGUCCCCUUUCGCCCCAGUAUGUUCCAUUUUCCCAAUGCCGCUGCCUCCCCGCCCCCCCCCCCCAACUCUGGAAGCCCUCAGCCAAGAAGGCAGAAGCGAGCGGCCUCUGCGUUAACCCCCCUGGGCCAGUUGCGCUCUGGCUGGGACGUUCUCCAGGUGUCCGGUUCUUGGCCUUGACAGAGGCUCACUCUUGCAGGACCUGCAUCGCCCCUUGAGAGAACCGUUCCUGCUGCUGGAUCCCCCAGCACGGCAGAAGCCGCCCCUUCCCACCCUCAGCUGGGCCACCACGGGGGGCGGUAUAGCUCCGGUGCGGAAGUGAGGGCACCCUUCCGAUCUGCCCCUUGCCGCCUCCCCCGACCGGGCCCUAGCUGCCAAAGUGUACGUUCCUCAGCUUAUAUGUAAGUGUGUUUUGUCUAUUUAUCCAUUCGUUCAUGAACUCACAGGCCCUUUGCGUCCCAGGGAGGAAGCAGAUGUAGGACCCAGCGGCUCCAGAUACGGGCAGGGCGUGCCGGGGGGCCAGAGCCAUGAAUCCCGAGCAGUUGGCCCACGCGGAAAGCGCAUCUCCAAGUGCACGGCUUUGCAAAAGGGCCCAACAAUUCUAUCAGCUCUUCAAAGGAAUCCAUGCCUCCCUGUGAAAGGAUAUGAAGUCGUUAAGUAAAUCAACUCUCGUAUUUUAAGAUGGAGAGACCAAGGCUCAGAGAGGGAAAGCCACCUGCCCAAGGCCACACAGCCAGUUUACUUCCUUAGAUCUGCCCCCCCUGAGUCCCAGCGGGACACUCUCUCUAGUGUAUCAAGCUUCAGUUCUUAGGCUUUUCUGAAACAGUGCCCAAGCCCUCCCAGAAAACGUUCAAGGUUAAGCGUGUGGCAAGGAUGUAACUUUGCCCCGCUACCCUGAGCAGAGUAAGCAAGGUGGUCUUGGGGGUAUGUCGGGCACCAGCUGUCACCCUUCCUUUGU